AUGAUGAUUAUAUAUCUAUCACUGAUCAUCCUACUGAGUGAUAUUGCUGGCGGAUCAACCGACGGAUGUUUGCCUAAUUUUGUUGAGGUUGAUCAUAAGUGCGUGCCGCUGAUUGGAGGCAACUGCAAGAAAAACGAUGAUUGCCCGAUAGCCAAUAGCUACUGCAAUGGAGUCUGUACGUGCAGUAAGGGACUAAAACCGUCAGACGACAAGACCUUCUGUAAAAACAAAAAUAAAAGAAUUGGUGACAGCUGCGAAGAAGACAAGUGCGAUACGAUCGAAAAUGCCGUUUGUAAACAAGUUAACGUCACCAAGAUUGUGUACUCUUCGAAGAAGAAAGGGUACACAGAGUACAAGUGCCAAUGCAAGCCCAACCAUUACCAGUGGAAGACAGGAUGUGUCAAGUUCGCGAAUGUUUUGACAGACACAUGCGAAGACAAUAUUGGAUGUCGCAAGAUCACUGGAAGCAAGUGCAAUAAGACGUCCAACACUUGCAAGUGCGAAGAAAAAAGCUACUACCCGGCAGAAGGCAAAUGCCACAAAAAAGCAAAAGGUUUGGGAGAAGAGUGUAAAAAUGAUGAAGGCUGCACGAAAAUUAAAAACGCAGGAUGUCCAAAUACAAAAUGUGAGUGCAAGACUGGCUUCUACAAACACGGAAAAGAAUGUCUCGCUAAAGCUGAGAAUCUCGGAGAAGGCUGCAAGAACGAUGAUGGGUGCCCUAAUCCGGACAUUAUGAAAUGUGUUGCUGACAUAUGCAAAUGCAAAGACACCUAUUAUGAGGACAAUAAAUCAUGCUUCCUGAAGGCACAGUCGUUAGGUGAUCGAUGCUACAACAACAACGGAUGUCUUAAUAUCAAUAAGGCAACUUGUAAUACGAAAAAAUCUGUUUACAAAUGCAAGAAUGGCUACUACAAACACGAAAAACAAUGUCGCGUAAAAGCAAAGAAUCUCGGAGAAGUCUGCAAGAACGAUGAUGGGUGCCCUAAUCUGGACAUUAUGAAAUGUGUUGCUGAUACAUGCCGAUGCAAAGACACCUAUUAUGAGAACAAUAAAUCAUGCUUCCUGAAGGCAAAUUCGUUAGGUGAUCAAUGCUACAACAACAACGGAUGUCUUAAUAUCAAUAACGCAACUUGUAAUACGGAAAAAUCUGUUUGCGAAUGCAAGAAUGACUACUACAAAUACGAAAAACAAUGUCUCGUAAAAGCAAAGAAUCUCGGAGAAGACUGCAAGAACGAUGAUGGGUGCCCUAAUCCGGACAUUAUGAAAUGUGUUGCUGAUACAUGCCGAUGCAAAGACAACUAUUAUGAGAACAAUAAAUCAUGCUUCCUGAAGGCAAAUUCGUUAGGUGAUCAAUGCUACAACAACAACGGAUGUCUUAAUAUCAAUAACGCAACUUGUAAUACGGAAAAUCUGUUUGCGAAUGCAAGAAUGACUACUACAAAUACGAAAAACAAUGUCUCGUAA